AACAAUUAUGCUAUAUAGUACUAUAAGCCCCACCUCAAUAGAAACUCCAAACAAAAAUGGGAAACCAGACGGAAGGGGACAAAAUUUUUGUUGACGAGUUCGUGUGGCCGUUUCUGAUUCCCCUGAUGACAACGGUUAGUUGCACGAUAGCCCUCGAGGUGCUGGCCCAUAUACUGAUGAGUUUGGUCACCAUAGUGGUGGUGAGGAAGUGCCUCCGCAUCCAUCUGAUUGGGACGGCGGAGCACGCCUAUUACUGCACCCUCGGGCUAUUUCUGUGCGUGGGCGAGUGCCUUUUGAUGACGAACACCUGGUGGAUGCGGCGACUUUUCACCCACCGGGGCCUUCUCCGCACUCAUAUGGGCCUGGGAAUGUUGUGCCUCUGGCCAGGCUUCAUCGGCAUCCUGAUGAAGUGCAUCAACAAAGUCAAACAAAAUGCCAUGGAGGAGGAACAAUACGAAUCGCAUUGCACCUCUAAGCACAGUUUGUGCGGCCUGCUCGGUUACUUUCUGCUCGUGGGUGCUCUGGGGACAGGACUGAGUCUGGUGUGGUACUCGGAAAUGGCCCUUCAUUUGACCCAUCGGCUGCUGGGCCUAUCCGGAUUCACCACACUGGCCUGCAGCCUCUGGUUUUCGUUCAACACGGGCUUUGCGAGGCGGGAGUGGUCCGCCCGGAUGGUCAUCUGCCUGAAAGCUGGGGUCAUGAUCGGCGGCUUUGCCGCCUGCAGUUCCGAGCUAUGGACUCUGGCCGGGGAAACCUUCCACUCCCUGCCCGCCGCAUUCAUCAGGGCCUUCGAUCUGGCAGAUUCAGAAGGACGUUGGGGUCCUAUUGGAAAAAGUGUUCAUUAAAUUAUUUCUAAUUAUAGUUUUUUUUAAACAUUUUUUACCUAAAA